AUGCCGAACAAUAACAACCACAAUCCACCACCCCCGCCACCACCACCUCACGUGGAUAUGCUAACCAGGUUUCUGAGGCUUCGCCCUGAGAAGUUUUCAAGGGCAGCAGAACCUAUGGUGGCCAAUGAUUGGCUACGUUCUGUGAACAAGGACUUGGUGACCAUAGGAUGCACUGACGCUGAGAAGGUCAGAUUUGCUGCUCAUCUACUGGAAGGACCUGCAGCUAGCUGGUGGGAGAAUUUCCAAAUCACUCAUCCAAUAGAAGAGGUGACUUGGGCAAUCUUCGAGGAUGGUUUUCGUACCGCUCACAUUUCCUCUGGAGUGAUGGACCUGAAGAGGACUGAAUUCCUAAACCUCAGACAAGGUCAUCGCAGUGUGUCUGAAUACAUAGAAGAGUUCAGCAAGUUGGUGCGCUAUGCGCCAGAUGAUAGCAACACAGAUGCCAAGAGGAAGGAAAGGUUUCUUAAGGGACUGAAUGAUGAGCUGAUGGUUCAACUGUCAGUGGUUUAUGUGCCUACUUACCAGUCACUGUGUGACAAAGCUAUAACCCUGGAGAACACAGUGAAGCAAGUGGAGAAAAGGAAGAGGAAACACAGCUACGACAAACAUGGUUCAGGACCACCACAUAAGAUGCGCUCUUAUGGUGAAGGGAGUGGAGGUUCUAGAUAUCACAAGUAUGGGAACAAUGAUGGAGGAAGUAAGCAUCAGCACCACAAUGGAAAUGGCCACCAUCACAAUGGCCAUAAGAGCUAUCAUCACCCCAACUCUGGAAAGGGAAAUCGCAGCCACAAUGGAAUCAACAAUGGCCAUAAUCACAACAAUGGCCACCGUUCUGGGAAGAGGGAUAUCAGUCAAGAUGCUGAGGAAGUAAAGAAGGCCGAAGAGACAAGGAAGCCGAACCCGUUCCGAAAAGGAUAUGUUAACCAUGUCAAUGUGGAGGAAUUAUAUGAUGAACCUGAUGCGGUGAUCGGUACGUUCCUGCUUAACAAUUUUUCAGCACUUGUCCUAUUUGAUACUGGUGCAUCGCAUUCAUUCAUUUCAAGAGCAUUUGUGGAUAAGAAUAAACUACCCACUGAAACAAUAGGAAGUCCUCUUAGAGUAAGCUCCCCAGGGGGAGAGAUGUUAGUAAGUGCUGGAUGCAAACAACUGACCCUAGACAUUGGGAAGUAUAAGUUCCCAGUCGACUUGAUAAUAUUGGAAUCCCAAGGUUUAGAUGUAAUCCUCGGCAUGGAUUGGAUGACCGCUUAUAGAGGCAUAAUAGAUUGUACAAAGAAAACUGUUGCACUCACAACCCCAGAAAAGAAACGAAUUCAUUUCAAAUCAACCUUUGAGCUUAAAGGUAGUAAUGUCAACUCUCUUAAGGGGGUUAGCCUAGAGGAUAUACCCAUUGUGAGGGAAUAUCCGGAUGUCUUCCUGGAAGAGUUGCCAAGACUACCACCUGAUACAGAUGUUGAGUUUCUCAUUGAACUUAUGCCCGGUACUGGACCCAUAGCCAAGAGACCAUACAAGAUGGAUGUUGAUGAGCUAAAGGAGCUCAAGAAGCAGAUUAAGGAGCAAUUUGAGAAAGGAUUUAUUUGA